AUGAAGCUGUCAGCGUCCAUCUGGGCUUGCGUUCUCGCUCUCUUCAUUGCGGGAUGGCGAUCUAUACAACUCUAUCGUUCUUCGACUGCUGUUCUUUCACCCAAUGCAUUGAAGGAUGGGUCGACAUUACCGAGCGAAAUACACCCUCCUCGUCGUUACAGCAAAGACAUUGAUGAAGAUGAUAUCAUGAAGGAUAAUACAGAAAAGUUGUUCUAUUUUGUUCAGAUAUCAGACCUUCACUUGUCCAAAUUUCGAUCUCAUGGCUACACAAACCACUUUUUGCAUUUCCUGCAGUCGAUUCUUCCAACAAUGAGUCCUGAAUUCGUAGUGGUGACAGGUGACUUGACCGAUGCAAAGGAUGCCAAGGCCAUCAAGACGGGCCAAUACAAGGAAGAAUGGGAGAUGUACAAGGAAGCAGUACAACAAGGUUCUUUGGGUAUCCCUUGGUACGACAUGAAAGGCAACCAUGACUCGUUCAAUCUCGCAUCCCACAAUGCAUCCACCGAUCUAUACCGUGACUAUGGCAAGAGCGCCAAAUUACUUGAGAAUGAAGGAAUCUACAGCUGGGAUAUCGUCAAGCCAUUUGGAAAGUACCGAUUUGUUGUAGCAGAUGCCACCCCUAAACGUGGACCAGCACGACCACUCAAUUUCUUUGGUUAUCUAACAUCGGCCGCAAUGAACAAGUUGGAGGAAGCUAUCUUGACCCCAGAACUAUACAAUCAUACCUUUAUGUUCUCUCAUUAUCCUACAACGACCAUGAUUUUUGGCGAAUCGGCUCGCGGCCACAGUUACAAGGAUCUUUCCCAUCGUCUCAGUGUUUAUUUUUGUGGUCAUCUGCAUCGACUUGUGGCGGGUUUGGGGGAUGUAUUGAAAAGAUACAACUAUGGCACUGAUCAUUUGGAGCUUGAAUUGGCGGACAUGAAAGACCAUGGUGCUUUUCGUAUUGUGGCGGUGGACCAUGACAUGAUUACCUUUGUCGACGCUGAGCUACCUAUUGACCAGAUUCAAGAUGAUGACAAGGUGCUAGAACUACCACCUGAUAAACGAGUCCCAUGGCCAAAGCCGAUCACUACGCCACCUGUGGUCAUUAUCACCAAUCCAAAAGAUGCACGCUAUUUAUUGGCAGACAAAGAACCCUAUCACUUGCCCAAAAGGAGCACCCAUAUUCGCUUCUUGGUGUUUUCCGAUGCCGUUCCCCAACGGCUACGUAUACGUAUCUUGGUCGAUGAAAAGCGACAUCCAUUCCCUGCCAAAUUUGUCGGCACCAAGGAACUACCAUUAUGGGUAUCUGAAUGGGAUCCUAACGACUUUGAUGAUAUGGAAUCGCACGUGAUCCGAAUUGAAGCAGAAUAUGAUGGUACCGGAGAGGCAACGACGAUGUUCAGGAUGGAUUCGAUGCGACUUAGUAUUGCCGGUGGUUUUGGUGAAUGGUUGAUUGGAGCCCAUAUGUCCUAUUUGUUGCGCACUCUUUCUCUUUUUGGCAUUUUCGUCAUGGUGUUGUUAUUGUUGGGACCGCCAUUAUAUCGAGGAAUAUGGAACAAGGACCAAGGACGCAUUGCCAGUAGCCUUUUAUGCAAGAUUCAUGAGAUUGAUCAAUAUCCCACGUGUGGCCCGUUCGACUUUGUGCAACGUCAAGUGCUACUGUGGCUCUUGCGAUUUAUGCAACUUGGACAUGAUCAACCUGCCAUUUGGUACACAACCUUUUAUUAUUUGAUGAUCCUGCUGAUGCUACCAUGGUUCCAAGCCGAGUUCAUUCCGUCAGGUGCAACCGAUGCUGAACGCUAUGGCUUAUUCUACAUUUGGGGCCUCGCUUUUGGCAAUGAUUGGGUCCCGUUGGCGGAUUCUUGGAAGUAUGCCUUUACUCAAUUGGUCUUUGAUUUGGGUGUCUUUCUUUUGCUGUUUGCUUGGCGUGCGACUGAGGCUGUGGACCUUCAUUGCCGUGGAUCCUACAAAGGACGUCAACAAAAACGCCAAUUGAAUGAACACGCAUGGUUCAAGGGCUUGGAGGUGAUUUACUGGUUAUGGCGUAUGUCCCAACAUAUCACACUUGGAUCAUUUUAUGGUGGAUUGUACCCGACUUUGAUCUUGAAUGUAUGGACUUGGUGGUUACUUUUUGUUGGUGCAAUGCUCCUCCAGGGUAAAGGUGGAUUAUUCUCUAAAAAGCGACAACGUAUACCCAUUGUUGUACCUGGUUGUGCUGGUUGUAGUAGGGACGCUUCAUAG